AUGGCGACGAAGAGCGCUCUCCUGAUUCUGUCCCCGGGAGCGGAGGAGAUGGAGACAGUGAUCCCUGCGGACGUGCUGCGCAGAGCGGGGAUUUCAGUGACUGUAGCUGGACUCGUGGGGAAAGAGCCAGUUAAGUGCAGUAGGGGCGUGGUCAUCUGUCCUGAUGAGAGUCUGCAGGAGGCCAGCAAGCAGGGCCCGUUCGAUGUGGUGCUUCUCCCGGGGGGGAUGCCUGGGGCCCAGAACCUGGCUGAGUCUGCUGAUGUGAAGUUGGUGCUGCAGGAGCAGGAUGCUCGCGGAGCUUUGAUCGCAGCCAUCUGUGCAGGUCCCACCGCUCUCCUGGCCCAUGGCAUCGGCUUCGGACGCACGGUCACCACUCACCCUGCUAUGAAGGACAAGAUGAUGACUGGAGACCACUAUAAAUAUUCUGAGGCGCGCGUGCAGAAGGACGGACAUUACAUCACCAGCCGUGGGCCAGGGACCAGCUUUGAGUUUGCUCUGGCCAUCGUAGAGGAGCUCAUGGGAAAGGAGGUUGCGGCUCAAGUUCGAGCUCCCCUCCUGCUGAGAGACUGA